AUCUCAAACAGAAAAAUCAAACCCUUUUUUUUUUUUUUUUUUUUCUGUGGUCCAUUAUCACCUUAAAAAGAAUAAAGCUUUGUGCUUUGCGUAAGAAGUAAGCUUUCCAUCCAUGGAACCUACAGACUCUUCACCACCACGAGAUACGUCGGAGCAGAACCCAAUGCCUUCACCAAACGGAAAAACUGAGACUUGGGUUAAAGAUUUCAAAAGGAUUGCUAUAGAUCUGGAUUUAGGAGAACGUUUGAGCAGUAAGAUUCGUGAGACCGCUUCAUCCAUUUUUGACUUUUCACUUCAAUGGGAGGAAUAUGAUAAGGAGAUGGAGUUAAAGGAUAAACUAUUUAUGGAGCGGUUUGUGGAGCUGAAGAAGAAGGAAGAGCGAGUGAAGCUGGUUGAAGAGAGAGAGAGGAAGGUUGAGCUGACUGAGGCUUCGAUCUCUCAGCGGCUAAGUGCCUUGGAGGAGAAAGAAAAUGAGUGUGAUAUGAAACAGUUUCUGGGAGAAAAUGUGAUGAGAGCGAUUCAAGAGGAACAUGGAGAGCUAAUGAGAGGGUUUCACGCAAGGGAGAAUGAGCUUAGGUUGCUUGAUGAAACCAUCAGGGAGAAAUCGAAGGAUCUGGAGAAGAAAGAAGUGGACUUUCAACUGAAACAACACGCUGAAACCAGAGAGAUCGAACACAGGAGAGAGUUUCUUGAGUUAAAGGAGAAGCAACUUGAAGAAAGGGAAAAAUUGCUGGAAUUGAAACAGAGACAAGUAGAUGAACGAUCAACAAAUGCUGAGACUUGUAAGAGAUCUUGGGUUGAAUCUGUGUCAACAAAGGAGGGUAGAGAUUCUGAGUCUCUGAUUCCCCCUGGCAAAAAACAGAAAUCCAUUACAGAACUCUACCAUGCUGGUGAAGAGAAGAAUGCGCUACAUAUAAAGAUAAGUUCUUCUCUUGCAUCUGCAACUGACUCUGAGCAUACAAGUGAAGCAAAGAGAAGAGAGGCUUAUGGAAUUGCCUGCAUAGAUGAACCUGAUGAGGAUCCUGAGCCAUUCACUUGUCCUGAUCCAGACUUUAACGAUUUUAACAACAAGAUAAGCUCUUUCGCCUUGCGUCAAAUAUGGGCUCUGUAUGAUCCUAUAGAUGAUAUGCCUCGAUACUAUGCUCAGAUCAGGGGGAUUACUUAUAAACCUGAUCUGAGUUUACGGGUGAAAUGGCUCGAGUCAGUGCAAACCACAGAAAAUGAGGUGCCAAUUCCCAUUGCUUGUGGGAGAUUCAUAUAUGGGAAAACUGAGAAAAAAAGCCAGUUCAUGUUUUCUCAUAAGAUGAAUCCCAUCACACGUGGCCAACAUGUCACUAUAAACCCGAGAAAAGGCGAGACAUGGGCUCUUUUCACAGAUUGGACCGAGACUUGGAACUGUCACAGGGAGCAGCACAAGCCUCCUUACAAAUACGAAUUUGUGGAAGUCCUGUCUGAAUUUGACAGUGAUCAUGGCAUUGGAGUGGCUUAUCUAGGGAGAGUGGAGGGGUUCACAUCAGUCUAUAAACAUGCUUCUCGACAUGGAUUUGUCAAAGUCAUGAUACAAGCCGAUGAAAUGCUUAGAUUUUCUCAUAGAGUUCCAUCGAUUGAAAUGACUGGACAUGAGAAAGAAGGAGUCCCAGCUGGAUCUUUUGAGCUAGACCCUGCUGCUAUUCCCCAAGCUUAUCUUAAAGCUGCUAAGGUUGAAGAAGAAAAGAUUAGGAAAAUGCAUGGAACUGGAUCUGUGUAUUCCUUGGAACCGAUUCUUAAGCAGCUUUGAUCCUUAUUGCAAAUUACAAGAUCAUAUCAUAUAAAUGUAAAAGGGAAGGAAGGCAACUGCAUUGGAGAGUUGUUGCGUAUAAUUAGUUGUGCGGUUAUGGGAUGUUGAUGAAGGACUUGAGAGCCAUUUCGUAGGCCGGACUCUGGAACUGACAUAGUUUCAAUAAAUUUGAAGAAGAAUAAGAACACACAUCAUGAUGACUUGUCUCUUAACAUUUUUAUUUUGUUAUUUGGUUGCAUGGUUUAAUUGUGAGAUUUGAGAUAUAAAGGGAUAAUAUAACAUUAAUCUAA